CAGCGAAGAAUCAAAAGAGUUAACAAACCAGCAUGCCGUAGACUGGCAGAGAGAUAGGCCAAUAAGGUGUCUAAGCCGGCAGUGCGUCUGGUGUGGGCGGGUAUGGGACAAAGCGUGCGAAAGGACCGCGGAGGCCUAGGGGGCUUGAUAGCAGCGGGGAUAGCCCGGGGCCCCGUGUAUGGCCACGGAGUUACAGCGUCCGGACUCCAUGCCCUGUCACAACCGGCAAGUAAACUCUACUUCUAGCCCAAGUCCCGAGCGCCUGUUAGCCGAGGACCCGGUCCUGGAUCAUGCAGAAGAAAAUAACGCUGCUAUGGCUAAGCUGACUCUCCUCCCUGGGCACGCCCAUUCUAGCGUGCUUUCAGAGCGGGACUCUCCGGCCUGCUGCAGCACUAAUCUUCACUGUGAGAACCACAGUGACAGUAGUGACAGUGGCAACUACGAAGCACCUGUCGGCGACUCCCUGCUAGGGGACUGUGAACUCUACCCACAGAUUGGGGCUCAGCUUAAGUUGCUGCCUAUGAAUGAUCAGAUCCGGGAGCUGCAGACUAUCAUCCGGGACAAGACAGCCAGUAGAGGGGACUUCAUGUUUUCUGCGGAUCGUUUGAUCAGACUUGUUGUAGAAGAGGGAUUGAAUCAGCUGCCGUAUAAAGAAUGCAUGGUGACCACUCCGACAGGGCACAAGUAUGAAGGAGUGAAAUUUGAGAAAGGAAAUUGUGGGGUCAGCAUAAUGAGAAGCGGUGAGGCAAUGGAACAAGGUUUGCGAGAUUGCUGUCGAUCCAUACGGAUUGGGAAGAUCCUGAUUCAGAGCGAUGAGGAGACACAAAGGGCCAAAGUAUAUUAUGCCAAGUUCCCCCCGGACAUUCAUCGCAGAAAAGUCCUUCUGAUGUAUCCAAUUCUCAGUACUGGAAAUACAGUAAUCGAAGCUGUAAAGGUUCUCAUAGAACAUGGAGUUCAACCCAGUGUUAUUAUCCUACUCAGUCUGUUCUCCACCCCGCAUGGUGCCAAAUCAAUCAUUCAAGAAUUUCCAGAGAUCACAAUUUUAACUACUGAAGUUCAUCCUGUCGCACCUACACAUUUUGGACAGAAAUACUUUGGAACAGACUAAGUUAUUCAACGAAAAUGAAAUACCUUGCAUAAUAAUAUGGUUGUAAAUGGAUUUCAUAUCUGUUUAUACUGAUUUGUUUGAGGAAUAAUGGAGGAAAUAUGUUAGGAAUGCCUUUUUAACAUUGGAAGUAGGUGUAGCAACAAGAAAUAUUGGAAGUUUAUUUAUUUGAUUUGGUUAUUUCUUUACAUGUGGUACCAAAUUCAGUAGUGAAGCACAACCAUAGUGCUUAGAAAAGAUGGAAACGUUAAUUGUAUGUUCAUAGAAGUCACUGAAUCCUUAGUACAUGGAAACUGUAGAACUUGUGAAACACCCCCUCCCCCUUUCUUGGUUUGGAAGUUGUUGCAGCUGCAAAGAAAACCCAAAUGAGAGUUAGUUCUGUGACACACUGCAGUUUACAUUUUCCUUACUGUGCUUUAGCUCUAGACUGUUUUCCUGUAUGUGGGUCUUGUCACCCUCCGGACUCUAUAUACUUUAUAUAUGCAGGUACCCUGGAGAGGAGAGAACGAGAAUAUAUCCUGGAAUUUUAUGUUGCCAUUUAUGUCCUCGCUUAAUUUGAAGGCUCAGGAUGUCUCUUAACUUGUCAACUAAGCCGUUGUGUUCCUCAUGGCUCAUUUCCCCAAGUGGGGAUUGAGGGAAGGUGUUUGCCAAGCUGGAACACAGGGAAAAAGACGAAGGGCCUUUUUAGUAACUGAAUCUGUAACAGGAGUCUACAGAGACUAAACCGCGGAUGCCUGAUAUUGACCCAAGAGGGCUCAAUCAGCCCUCUACAAAGAAGUUAGUGGAUGGAGAUCUUUCUAAGGUGUGAGGGAAGUGGAGGCUUUGCAUUUCAUGGCCAAUAAGUAAAUCAGCACGGUUCUCGGCUGUUGUUUUUCAAGACAGGGUUUCUCUGUGUUCCUCUGGCUGUUCUGGAACUCACUCUGUAGACCAGGCUGGCCUCUAACUCAUGGCGAUCCAGCUGCCUCUGCUUCCCAGGUACUAGGAUUAAAGGCAGGCAGCACCACCCAAUAUGCAAUACGGUUCUUUUAAUUUAGUUGUUUCUACUAGUUGCCUUUGAUUUGGAACUUAGUUAUUUUGCAUGUUUUAUGACUAUAACUGUAUUAAAGUAGAGAAUACGUAUGUUCUUUUAAAAUAUAUGAUUUGUAUCUGUUCAUAUUUAAGCUUCUGAAAGGGAGACGAAACAAACUUUGAAUCAGACUUUGCACUUUUGAAAUGAACUUAUAAAACCCAGAUUCCGAUUUUACACUGAUACUGUGGUGGCUGGGUGAUUACUUGAUUAGUUUACAUGGCUCAUGGCCCAAUAGACAGCUGUUGUGAGACUAUGUUCGAAAGUAUAAGAAAAAGUACAAGGGAGUCUCUUAGACUGAAGCUGAAGAGGAAGGAAAGCAACCUGGGGUACAUGGAAUGGAUUUUACCUUAUGGUUUUAGCCUGCUAAGCUCCACUGUACUUUUACUUUUGUUGUUGUUCUUGUUUCUUUGAGACAGAGCUUCUCUGUGUAGCCCUGGCUAUCCUGGAACAUGCUCUGAAGACCAGGCUAGCUUCCAACUCAGAGAUCCACCAGUCUCUGCUUCCCAAGUACUGGGAUUAAAAGUGUAUGCUACCAUGCCCACCUACUUUCUUUUUGAAGACUAUUAUGUACGAAAAGUAACAUCCAUCUAACAGUUCUUCCAGAGCAGAAUGCUGCCUUUCAAGUUCUUCCUGAACUCUCCCCCACCCCCUCUUUUUUGAGAUAGGGUCUUAUUGUGUAUCUCUGGCUAGCCUGGAACACACACAGACAUUCUCUUGCCUCUUGAGUCCUGGGAUUAAAAGUGUGCUAAAAGUUACAUUUAUAUUUGUUAUUAGGUGUUAUGUGAGUACAAAUUCAGAUAGACCAGAUCUGUUGAUGUUGUUACUGCACUGAAUCAGUUGGAAAGACAAUGCUCACUAACCUGGGUGUGCUAGGAGGAUUUCAACUUUGAGACCUGCAUAAGUAACUGAGUCAGAUCUUGUCUCAAAAAAUUCUUGUUUUGCCCAUUAACCUAAGAAUUGCUGCGACUCAAUUGAAUUGGUGCUUUUCUUGGUUGCAGUAUUUUCUUUGAAUAUGAGAUAAUUUCAAACUACUCUGUAGGGAUAAAACCAUAUUUUAAGCAAAUUCUUUUUUUUUUUAUUUUGAAUCAUGUCUUUUGUACAUAGGCCAGCUUUGAACUUGCUGUGUAGUCAGUUCUGACUUUGAACUCCUGUUCUCACUGCCUCCACUGACUUCUGGGAUGAAAGGCUUACCACUUGAAUGCCAUUUAAAACAAAUUCUUUUUCUACGAUUAACCAUUUAGAUUCAAAUGUCUGUUGCUUUUCAGCAAGAAACAUGAUUAAAAGUUAACUACAUUUGAGUCCCACGAGGAAGCGUAGUAUAAACAGUAGGAAUAAUUCAAUAAGGUCAUAUUCUCCUCUGAUGUUUGUGCCCUACACUCCUGCAGAUAUAACUCUGAUCUCUGAAUUUUGGAAUGUUUUAGCAAACAAAUUCGUACUUGCAGGGCUAAUCACUUGCAGGACUCUAUUUUCUAAAGUCAACAGAAGAUUAACAGACUACUAAAAGUAAGAUUGACUUUAGUGGCGUGAACUUCAGAGCAGUAUAAAUUGUGCAAGUUCUUUAUUGAAAAAUACAAGCUCGAGUUAAAUGAUCUGCAAAUAGCACAAAGCUGUUAUUCUCAAAGUACAGCGCGCAUCAUAAUUAUUUAGAGGGCUACAGAUUGCUGGAGCCCACCUCUACAGUUUCUGAGUCAAUGCCUUGAUUUUCAACAUUGCUUCUUUUUAUAACAUAGGCAUUUAAUGAUAUAAAGCUUCCGGUAAAGAUUAAGCUGAUUUUUGAUAUGUUUUCAUUUUAAUUCAGGUAAAAAUAUUUUCUUUUUUAUUUCUUCAACCCAGGGUCAUUUAGAAGCAUCAACCAGUUGCAAAUAUAUUCGUACCAUUUUCCAUAUUUCUCUUCGAUAUUGCUUCCAAGUUUAAUUCCAUGGUGGUCAGAGAAUAUAAUUGUUAGCAUUUGAAUUCUUUCAAUUUGGGAGAUUGUUUAGACAUAGGAUCUUGUCCAUAAACUAUUGUUAGUUGGUAAGUCUACUUCCUACCAACAUGAUUACUUGGAAUGUAUGCAUAUUCUGUGUUGUUUGCUAUGAAUUUCAGGUUAAGUUGGUUGAUAAAGCUGUUCAAAUAUUCCACUUCCCUCAUUCUUUCUACCUGUUCUAUUGAUUAUUAGGAGAAGGAUGUUGAAAGCUCAGACUAGAAGUGUUGUAUUUCUUUCUUCUUUGAAUUCUAUGAAGGUUUCGCUUUGUGUAUUUUGAAGUGCUCUUGUUCGCUGUGUAGACUCUUAGGAUGGUUGUAGUCUCUUGAUGCUGUGACCCUUUAACCACCCUGAAAUGUUCCAUUUUCUAUCUGUUAAUACUCUGUGCUGCAAUUGCAGAUUUCCUUUGACUAGAUUUACUUUAACACGCUUCAGUUUUCAUGUGAAUUUAUGAUAGAUCUGUUUAGAGAUGCAUCUUGCUUUGUAAAAAUCCAUUUUGACAGUGUCUGCCGUUUGUUGCAGUGUUUAGAUAGUUUUCGUGUCGUGUAAUUAUUGACAUGAUUACUUUUAGAUCUACCAUCUGGCUAUUUCCUUCUAACCUUACUUUUUCUUCAUUUCUACCUUUUUGAUUAUUAUAUAUAAUUCUAUUUUAUGUCUUCAUGACGUUUGUGUAAGCUUCUCCACUAAGUCCACCCUCCAGGACCUUGGCCCAAACCCAUCCCCUUUCUCUAUUAUGUAGCUCUAGCUGUCCUGAAACUUACUGUGUGGACUAGGCUGUCCUUGAACUCAUAGUGUCCGGACUAAAGGCAUGUACCACCACACUUGGCCAGCGUAGUCUCCCUUAAAGGAAGACUGCUGUAUUUUUCUGAAGAUUUACAUUUAAUAUAGCAGUUGUAGAGCAAACAAUUUAUAAAAAUAAUAGCAUGAGUAUAUCCAACAUUUGGAGGAUUCUAUGCAAAAUAUAGACUUGAAGCAGUUAUUCCAUUUAUAAAGCCAUUAUAUACAUCUCAAUAUUUUUAUAUUAAUCUGAUUAUUUUCCCUUUGUCUACCAUUAUUUGAACAUUGUGGUAAGCUUAUAUGAAACUGCUUAUCAUAUUAAUUUGUAAAUGUCACUUAGCUUCUCAUAUUAGUCAUUUUCCAUUGAUAUCACAUCUUGAAGAUGCUUAAAUUAAGUUGUUCAGCACACAUAAUUAUCAGUGCAUUCUGUGAGCUGUUUAAUAUACUUGAACUUCACCAGCAUUGUUCACCUCCCACCAUAGCACACAGAGAUAGCAUAGUUACUUUAUUCUACAGUCACUCAGAUAACCAUUAUACAUUAUGCUUUCUCCCAAAUAAUUGGCUCUUGACCAAGUGCCAGAUAUUGUUAGGGAAAGGUGAUGUCAUUGUUGAGCAAGAUUUGUUUAUGUUCCCAAUCAAUAUUUUAGUUUAUUUGAGCUGCUGUAAAAAAAUACCAGACUUGGUGGGUUUUUUGUUUUUUUCAUGACAGAGUUUCUCUGUGUAACCAUCCUGGCUGUCCAAGAACUGGUUUUGUAGACCAGGCUGCCCUCGAACUCAGAGAGAUCUGCCCGCCUCUACCUCCUGGGUGCUGGAUUAAAGGUAUGGACCACCACUCCUGGCAGGGCUGGCUUCUUAUGGCAAAUCUAAGGGUGUAGUUUAGAAUUAUUUCUACUUCUGCUGUAAAAUCAAGUACAACUUCCUAUGUGCUGUUCUUGUGGUGAGGGCAGGCAGUGCAUAUUAAUGUAAGUUGGUUUUGCCUUCAGAGAACUUGGAAGUUUAUAGGAAUUCUGCAAGUGUUGCUGUGCCAUUGUCUAUCAUGAAGGGCUGUUGAUUCAUAUCUGGGUCAGGCUCCAAGUGUUUUAAACUGAUCUAAAGACCCUAUUCGUUCAUGCCUUUGCCCAACUGUGAGUACUAACACUGUCCAGCUUUAGUCAAGGAAUCUGCCUGUCCCAGGUUGCUAAAGCCUUUCUAGGCUGCUUCCUGUCUUCUGGAAGAGUGAUCCUUCUACUGAUCCAAUCUACUUACCAUUUUUUUCUGAAUGCCAUUCAUUAAACGCAAAUUCCUUUUGCUCUAGCAGUCACACUACUGAGUAUGUAAGCAGAGAGAAUGAAAUCACCAGGCUGAGGAGACAUCUGCACUCAUGCGUUCAUUGAAGCAGUAUUCUCAAUAAUUAAAAACUAGAAACAGCCAAAGUGUACAUCACAUGAUAAAUGUAUAAAGAGUAUGGUGCAUUUAUAUGAUAGAUUACUAUUCAGCCAUACAAAGGAAUGAAAUCCUGUCAUCUGUGACACAGUCAGAUGGAACAAAAGAUUUGUUAAGCGAGUGAAACAAGCCAGUCACACAUUAACACUGCAUGAUUUCUGUUCGUGUGGAAUCCAGUGAAAAAUGAUCUCAUACAAGUUGUUAUCAAAAUCUUGGGAGAGAUACUCGAAUGGGGAAAGGUCAAACAAGGGUCACUAAGUUGUAGUUACUUAGAAGAAAGUUCUGUUGUACUAUUACAUAGUUACGUGUCUGUAGAUCAUCAUUAAUGUACGAUACAUGAAAAUUAGAAGAAAAUAUUUGACGUUUUUAUUAUGAAGAAGUGAUGAGGAAAGAAAUGCACAUGAUUUAAAUAUUAUACAGUGUAUACAUGUACUGAAAUAUAUCUAAUUAAUAUGUACAAAUUUUCUUUUUAUGGAUCACUUAAAAUAAAUUUAAAUAAAUGAAAAA